AUGUCAAUUUUGUUUUUCCAGAAUUUCAUAGCUGAGAGACCGACCGACGGUAAAUUCACACAGUGCUGUCAUAAAGGGAAGGUUAUCCUUACCCAAAUACCAUAUCCUCCUUAUUUAAAAAAUCUUAUAUCAAACCCUCAAGAUAAGUUACAUAAUAAUUUUAUGAAGAACAUACGUUCUUAUAAUUCAGCAGUAGCUUUUGCAUCGAUGGGCGCAAAAAUUUCGGAGCUUACAGGUAGUGGCCCUUAUUGUUUCAAAGUGCACGGCCAAAUAUAUCACCGCACAUCUAAUUUAUACCCACCUUCUAAUGCUUUGCCUACUUAUGCCCAGUUAUACGUGUUAGAUACGACACAGGCUAUAGAUAAGCGUAUACACCAUCCAGCAAAUAGUAAAUGUAAUAAAGAUAUUAUGAAGCAAUUAGAUCAGUUAAUACGACAAAUUAACCCCUAUGCUCUUAGUUUUAAGACAUUAGGUGAAGUCCAUCAAUCUGCAUUAGAAUUAGCAACUACUUCUAAUACAAAACUCCCAACCAUUAAUAUGAUCUUUAAAGGAGAUCGUUCUAGCGAUCGACGCCGUUAUAAUUUACCAUCUAUGGAUGACGUAGCUAUGAUUUUCAAUAAUGAAGAUGGAGAGCCUCCUUUCAAAAGAGAUAUUAAAGUCUAUCCUAAAUCUAAUGACAACGAUCUCAUUAUUCUUAAUGUAUUGAGCCCAAAUUUAGACCCCAUGGUUUAUCCUAUACUAUUCCCUCAUGGUGAACCUGGUUGGUCUCCUAAUAUGAUCGCUGACAAUUCUGACUAA